AUGGAUUCUCCCGUCACGUCCAAUUCGCCCAGCAAAAACUUAACCCUUGAUAAGAUUCAAAUUUUGAAUUUGUUUAAGCUGUUUGAUAAUCUGCCCUGCGACCCAAAGGGAGAAAAUGAGACAUGGCACAUCGUGAACAAAGAAUUCAUAGACAGCCUGAGGAGCUACGAAGAAGGGAAGGCGAGUCGGUACCACACUCUCAUCAACAACAAGAUAUUUGUGGAGGAUGCGAGUAACGUCACCACGAGGACGAGGCUGCUUAAAGAUUACGAAAAUGGCAACGGAGUCAACUUCCUCCUCUACCCAGAGAAGGCCAUAGAGGUGCUGGAAAAGCAUUUUCAAUUUAACCUAAAAAUCCCGCGAGCAGUUUACCCUUAUAAAAUUCCUAACAGUGAGAGAGUAAUUUAUAAGGUAGACAUCCAGCCGCUCAAAGUUGUGGUGUACUCGAAGAACCCCAACGACUUCAGCAACCCUGCCAAGAUGAAGAUCGUCUUCCUGCGCAACGACACGGUGGAGGACGUACUGAAGGAGAUCGUUACCGACUUCGACCCGACGAGCUUCAAGAAGAACCUAUUCUACGCAGAAGAGAUAAGCGGCCAGAGGGAGUACAACUGGGAGCGUCUCUACCUGCACGAUUCAACGGAGUACCCCCUAAAGAAAAAGAUGCACGAGUAUGACAUUGAUGAAAGGACCUGUUUGUUAAUAACAAAUGAGCGAGCAGACAUAAAGUGCCUGACGAAUGAAAGCGACUAUGGGUACACGAGACGGGAGGCUAGUUUCAGGAGAUCUGAGAAGGAGGAAGACUGUAUGAGGGGUUACUCCAGUGGACGCACUGGAGGGUAUGGUAGUAAUAGUAGUACUACCCAGGGCCAGGCAUACACCCAGGGGUACCCCUCUGAAGACAGCAUGGUGAAGCAAAUAAGUUACAUAUUUGAGCAUGGGGGGGAUAGAGGUUUGAUCAACUUGGGAAAUACAUGCUUCUUGAAUUCCUCCCUGCAAUGCUUAGCGAAAAUAAAAAAAUUUUCCAACUACUUCCUAAGUGGGACUUUUUGGGGUCACAUAAAUUACUCGAACCCAGUGGGUCAACAUGGGCGGCUAGCUAAAGCGUAUUAUGAAACGUUAUUAGAGCUGUGGAAGGUAAAUAAGAGAAGCGAACCGUACGCCCCAAAGGCAUUAAAACAAGCCAUAAGUGAAAAGAGGGAUGAGUUUUAUGGGUACCAACAACACGAUUCACAAGAAUUAUUAGCCUUCCUGCUUGAUGGGCUCCAUGAAGAUUUGAACCUAAUACAGAAGAAGCCCUACUAUGAAGAGAAAUUACAAGGAGGGUUAGAUAAACGAGAUAUAGAUGUUGCUGAAGCGUCGUGGAAUAGGCACAAAGAAAUUAAUAACUCCAUUAUUGUGGACCUGUUCCAAGGACAGUACAGAUCUCGCUUACAAUGCCCUAAUUGUAAAAAAGUUAGUAUAGCAUUUGAUCCUUUUAUGUAUUUGUCAAUUCCCUUACCACCUAAAAAGAAUCACCGCAUUUGGUUCCACGUCAUUCUAACUCGGGAUGCUCCCAUAGGCAUGAGAUUUUCCUGCUCCUUUAGUGGUUCACAGGAGGUCUUAAAAUUGAAAAAAAUUUUUUUGACCAUAAUAAAAAAUUUAAAAGUGAAAAGGAAGAAUAUUUUACUUCAUAAUAAGUGUAUAAUUCAAAAUAGCAAAGAGGGUUCGCAUGAGGGAAGAAGUAACAGCCAUGCGAAUGUAGCUGCCGCUGGUAGUAGUAGCGGCAACUGCCUGGGGGGAGCGGACAGCACCAGUUAUAACGCCUUCAAUUUUCAUUAUAAAUAUUUAGAUGAUAAAAAUGAAUUUUACGAAGAUAAUGAACACAACUGCACCAAUGCCGAUAUUGCAAAUUACGUGAGGGCAAUAAAAAACAAAAGUAAAAUAAAAAACACUUUGAAGGAGCAAGAAAUUUCUACCUUGUAUGAGAGCAUUUGCGCCAUGUGUAAUAUACCAUCGAUUGAAGAGUUAGAGGUUAAUAAUUUAAGUUUUCUUUUUACCAAAUUUAAAAAUCUUGCAUGUAAUCAGUUUUUUCAUGUCUUAAAUAACUCCGAUUUUGUAACCGAACCUCAUACAAGAAAUGGAAAAGGGAUAAGUCACAUAUUCGUUUUUAUGGUCCCUAAGUUUUAUUCUCACCUGGUUGAUAAAAAUGGAGAAGUUAAGGUAGGAGAUGAAUGUUUGGAGGUGCUUACCAAUUCGACCGUCACCACGAACAACACCAGUCUUAAGGAUGAAGAGAUGAAUGUGAAGAAUGAAACCAGCAAUAACAAUAUCGUUGAGAAGAAAUCGCUUAAGGAGAAGAACAAUAAUCACUCUAGCAAAAUUCUUAAAAAGAGAAAGGGUCUGCUGAGUUGCUGCAAUAGUAAUGGUGGUAGUCCUGUGCGGAAAGGAGAGAAAAUGCACCCUUGCGGGGCAGAGGAGGAAGAAGAUGAAGAGGUCAAUCCCUUAACAUCCACCGCAGGGGGAUCGAAUGGAAAUGCUAACAACAGCGCAGUAGAGCAAUAUGAAGAACAAAUGGAAGAGUCAAACGAUAUUAACAUGCAAGAGGAGGCAUCCUCAGAGACACCUUUAAAUGAUUCUAAUGGGAUAAGCAAGAGCAGGACCCACUGCGAACAACACAUUUCCUACAAUGAACUUUUUAAAGACCGAAUUAUGUUUAACCAAGAUGUUUACAAUUUACACGACAAGUACUUCUCCCUCUUGAUAGUACCUGUGUGUAAAGAUGAGCAACUUUUUUAUAAAAUGAAAAAUAAUGAUUUGCCCCUCCUCUUUAAUGUCCCCUUCAAUUUUACGCUAAAUGACCUGUACGGCAAGGUAGAAAAUGCCUACCAGAAAAAUCACGCGAUUAGUAGGGCGCCUAAGGGGACCGUCCCCACCACGUCCACCAAGGUUACUAAUCAAGCAGAUGUUACCAGCCCGUACGGAGAACUGUACACACAUAAUGCGAAUGCAAAAAGUGGAGGAGAUGAGGAAAGUGCUAAGAAGGAUAACAUAUCGAGUAGCGACGUGGCGAAUAAAGCCAUCACAAGUGAGUAUGACCGUGUGUUGGAGGAGAACGCAAGCCCAAGCGAAGUUGGCGCAGAGGAUGACGGCACCAACAGGUUCACUCUGCAUCUGUCCAGCUAUAACGUGAAAGAAGAGUGCAUGUCCAAGGAUACCCUGGGGCUCGAACUCAAAAGAGAUGAAACGUACCUCUCAGAUUAUAUAAAAAAUUCUGAAGAAAAGCGACUCAUAAUUAUACACCUGUACAGUGGGGACAUAGAGUAUGAAUUAUCCCUCGACAUAAAGACUAUCACCUUUGUCGACUUGGAGGAACGUUAUGGCAUUGACACUUGUUUGAAAUUAUUUUCAGAGGAGGAGCACCUAGAUGAGAAUAACACCUGGUAUUGUGGCAAUUGCAAACUCCACGUACAAGCUUAUAAAAAAUUGGACCUAUUUCGAAUGCCCAUCAUUCUCAUUCUACACUUGAAAAGAUUUAACAAUACGAAUAGGUGGUUGAGGACAAAGAUCGACUCGUAUGUUUACUACCCUCAUAAGGAAAAUGAAUACUUGAAUAUGACUCCAUACAUUCUGGAAGAUGGUUUAAAGCACAUGACAAAAAUGGACCCUGGUUAUUCCCCUUUGUAUGAAUUAAUUGGAGUUAAUUGUCACACGGGUGGUCUGUGUGGGGGGCACUACUUUGCGUAUGUGAAACUCAACGGCCAGUGGUACAAUUUCAAUGAUACCUAUGUGACCACCAUUGACGAAUCACAGAUCAACACUAAAAACGCCUACCUGCUGUUUUACCAGCUGCAUACCCACAAGAAUGAGACCUUUACGGGUGUAGCAGAGGAGAGAAAUUUGGCUGAAGAGGAAGCCAUUCGCAUGGCCAACGCGAGUUACUACAACUAG